AUGAGCUGCUACAGCUUCGUGAACAAACUGAUCCAUCGCAACAAGAAAAUGUCGCCGCACGAGAUGGAGAUCAUCAACCACUACAAAGUCCUGCUGGACGAGAAGAACAAGGAACUGGUGCGAAAGGAUGAGACGAUCGCACAACUGGAACGAAAGCUCGAGGACAAAGAGCUGAUGAUCAAAUAUCUGCAAAAUGAGAUCGACAAGUUCAGGCAAGUGGUGGCGCCGAUCACCCAGCGCAUCAUCACCAAGCAGAUCAAUCUGGGCAGCGACAUUUGGUGUCUCAAUGGCAAGAAGCACGGGGUGGUGCAGACGCAGAACAAGCAGGCGGAGGAACCGCCACAAACACCGGAACCGUCCAGGGUGAAGCGGGAGGGUAUUAGUGCGGAACCGCUCAACUUGAGCAAAAGUGAUCUACAAAUCAGGAAAAUUCCGAAGAAGACUUGUUCUCGGGAACUUAUCAAGGCAGCAAUUCUGGACAACGACUUUAUGAAAAAUCUGGAACUGACGCAAAUCCGGGAAAUCGUCGAUUGCAUGUACCCGGAAGAAUACAAAGCAGGCAGCCUCAUUAUUUGCGAGGGCGAUGUGGGAAGUAUCGUCUACGUCUUAGAAGGAAACUCGCUUUAA